AUGGAUUUCAACCAAGACGAAGGAGAUUAUGGCGUUAAAUGCGUUACAUUCGAAAAGCUUAAACUAGAGAAUCGGAAAAUGGAUGUUGUUAAUCAUGUUAUUAGCGGCUGUAUCCAGUGCUGUACUUCAAGAAGUAAUUUUAGCACCCGAGAAAUGUUAUAUCCCAAUGCUCCACCUCCAUGGAUUCAAAUUACCGAAGAAGAGAAGGCGAAUCCGAAAGCAUGGGAAAAAUAUAAAACACCGAAUAAGAGAAUUUUUCUUUCUGAAGAAGAUAUCAAUGAGUACCUGGAAAAUCUGGAGUGUGGAGAUGAGAAGCUUGUUUAUGAGAUCACACGACAUUUAAAGGUCGAUCGGACCGAAGCGUGGAAAAUUGCUCAUAAAAUUCGCAGAAAACGAACCGAAAAAGCUAAACAAAAGCUAAAACUCGAAAAAGAAGAAGCAAGGAGAAGGGCAGCCUUGGAUAGAGAGUUGUUGAAACUGAAGAAAGCAGAUCAAAAGCGAGAAUUGAGUGAAAAACGACAAUUCCAAGAAGAACAACUCACUGAACUCAAAGAAAAACUAUUGAUGGAUGAAAAAAUGUUGAAAGAAGAACUCGAAGGAGGAGUAGAAGAAGAGAGCAACGAAGACGAGGAAGAAGACGCACAACCUCAAACGAAAAAGAAUAAUUUGAAUGUGAAAAGCAUGCUGCCGUGGGCUCCAAAUGUCUGCGAUAUUCUGUGUAUUGAUAAGCGAUCCAAACUGGAUUAUAACGAGCAGAAAAGAAUCACGGCAAUGUGCCAAAAUCUAAUGUAUCAAGGCGAUUUCCAGCAUGCCUCGAAUAAACAAGAGUUUAAGGAUAUUAUGAAAGCGAUUGAGGAUGAAUACAAUGCAAUUGUUGAAGCAGCUUUAGAAUGGGCAAGAAAAGAGCUGAUUUUCCCUCUUGACACCAAGUUCUCAAAGUUAACAAAACGCUGCCUGACAACGUGGCGACGACGAGCCCCAAUUGAGAAGAGUGUGUUGGUUUCAAAAAUCCUGCAUCAAUUCGAUUUUGGAAAAGAUGAUUCGAUGCGUGUAAAUGGAGAGAACAACGCGGUUGUGCCGCAACUUGUGAAGUGUUUACAAAAUGGAAAAUCUGACACGAUUAAGAUUCCUGAUAUGACAAGAAAAGCGCCGAUUACAAGAAAAUUUCAUAAGCUUUCUAAGGAAAAGCUUCCGAUUCACUUGGAUUUAAAUGCUGUUCAACAUGUUCUUGAUUCUGACAAUGUCUCGAUCAUGAUGGAUGCUACCACGGCUUGUCACUUCUUGACACCAUUUUGGGAAUCUCAUUCGUACGAUUUUUCUGUUUUGAUAAAUAUUUCCGAACAGGAACACAAUAAUAAAAUAAAUCGGAUUAUCUCGUUGAGUAAACCGAAUCCAUGUUACAGUGCAACGUCAGCCACAAUUUUGCGAUCCUCGGCAAAACGAAUAAUUCACAAAGAUUUCGUUGUAGAAUGCCCAGAAAAUCAAAAUUUAUCGUGGAAAAAUGAGAUUGCGAAAAGAAAAAAUAUUGUAGUGGAAUCGGAAUUACAAGUGGAUGAAGAGGCCGAUUUGAAUAUUGUUGAUGAUCAAGAGCCAUCAACGUCGACAGCUGAUGAUCCGUUGAGUUCAAUUUUUGCUGAUAUCGAAAAAAUGAACAAAACUUCGAAAUUGUCAAGCAUAUCUACCAAUGGCGACAAAAUGCAUACUGGAUACCAAUACGCAGUUUUUCGAAUUGGCGAAGUCGACAUUCUUAUUCGUUCGCGUCCUCCAUUUAAUGUUGCAUAUCCGGAAAAUAAUACGGAAAAAGGUGUUCAUUGCGCAAUAAAAAAUCAGCGAAUUUCGUUUGAACCGAGAAUGGAGUAUCUUCCGAAUGCUGGUGCGAUGGAAUUGGGAACAGAAGAAUGGAUUUGGAAUUAUCUGAAGAAAACAUUCAAAAUGUCAACAGCUCACGUAUUAUUCCGAGUUCAUUAUCAACUCGAUCAGUUACUUCAAAUUGAUGCAUGUACAAUGAGGGACAAAAAUACAUCAGCAAGACCACCAAAUGCUUUUUCAUUACUUUCAUCGCGCACCCUGAAAUUUGAAGAGUUUUUAAAAUGUCUGUUGAACUUGGAUUGUGGCGAAUAUCUCGCAUACCAGGAACAAGAGAAGCCGCUUAGGAUCACACCUGUGUUUAAUGAAGAAACACCGGGAGCAACUCCUGGAUAUUUGUUUGAGCUUAAGCCUGAUCAGUGCUCAACACUUGCUGAUAUCCCCGAUUUACAUUACUUCAAUGGAUUUUCACCGGAAGUUCUUCUACAGUGGCAGAUUAUGCAAACAAAAGCACCGCGCUCAUUUUUAGCCGAAGAUUCACCAGUUGUCAAAAAUUUACCAGCUCGAACGAGUAUUCAACAUGCGAACAAAUCGAAAAAAGUGAUAAAAGCAAAAAUACAGAAAAUGAAUCAACAUAGACCAAGGAACCCAGGAAUGAUUGAUUUGGAUGAUCCUUCGCUGGAAAUUGAUUUCACAAACGCGAGCUAUCUUCGCAAUAUGACCUUCGAGAAUCGCGAUUCUCCAUUAAAAACGCGUAAUGAUCGAUUUAAGCGUGGAAAAUCGCGCGGACAGGCUCGGAAUCGUGGACGUGGUCAGCGAGGAAGGAAAGCCGUCAAGGUUGAGACUUGA